UUAUGCUUGAGCCAAGGGUCUGAGUCAAAGGUGAAUGGUAAACCUAAAGUGUGAACCCAUUUCUAUGAUAAUGAAAUGGUCCGAGUGAGACAGUGGGUGAGAUGAUAAAGUUGAUGGGAUUAAGAGUUGGUGAAACUGAAGGAUUGGGAGUGGCAGGGUUAUUUCCUUUCAAUGUUUUUAUGUUCAAUGCUUACAAAGUUGAGUGCUUUGUUUUCCAUUUAGGGGGCUGUCUGACCGCUAAAAUGUGUAUGAAUGCAAUGGGCUGUAAGUCAGACUUGGUGACUGCAGUGGCCCGGCUCUAUGCUCUGAUUUAAAGAUCGCUUUCUGCAAUAAAGACUACAGCUCGAGGAAAUUCAAGUCUCCAGGACUUCACUAAAAAGUGUUGAGACGUUGAUGAUGAGAUGUGCUGUAAAUCAGUAUGAACUGAUCUGUCCAUGCUGGAUAUAUUGAUGAUUUCAUCACAGAAAUCUCUCAGCUGAAGAAAGAGGUGGCGUUACUAGAGACAAAGCUGAGGUCAAGAGGAGAUUUAACAAUGAAUCGAGAGGAUGUGGAUUGUUGUGAAUCUUCAGUGUAUGUGACUGAUGAUGGGAGUCUGGAUUCAGUGCGGAUGAGCAGAGAUCAGAGCCGCACACCACAGCCACUGCUGGACUCUAAACUCUCUGAAGAGAAAUCCAGACACACACAGGACUCCGAGCUCAGUCUGACUUUACUCUGUUAUACUGAGUCAAAGCCCACAGACACUCAGGACACUACAGUGUGUGACAGUAAACAGAGCUUACAGGAGGAUCAAACCUCCACAGAGUCUCUGGAUUCUGUCUGUAACGCUGGAGAACAGCAGCAGAUCCUGCAGACCAAACUGAAGAUGUGUUCAGUUAAACUCAUCGACUGCACGAACCUCAUGAUGAAGAUUAAAACUGAACCCACAGAAAUCAAAACUGAACCCACAGAAAUCAAAACUGAACCCACAGAAAUCAAAACUGAACCCACAGAAAUCAAAACGGAACCCACAGAAGAGGAAGAGCGCAUUGAUGAAGAUGAUGAUUUUAUUCCAUCAGAACAGAAACUCUUCACCAGAUCUGAGACCAGCUUUACUACCUUACAAGAGAAGAAACAUCAUUCAGAAGACCACAAAGAGAAGAAGAAGAAGAAAAAGAAGAAGAAGAAGCAGUUUCACUGUGAGCAGUGUGGGAAGAUUUGUGUCUCUUCCUCUAAUCUAAAUGUUCACAUGAGGACACACAGUGGUGAAAAGCCUUUCAACUGCACUGAAUGUGGAAAAUACUUCAAAACCAAAGACCAUCUUAAAGUUCAUCAGAGACUUCACACAGGUGAAAAACCUUUCAAAUGCGCUCAGUGUGACAAGACUUUUUCUCAGUUAGGACAAUUAAAAUCCCAUCAGAGAGUUCAUACUGGAGAGAAACCUCAUCGCUGUAGUGUCUGUGGGAAGAGUUUUAGUCACGGGUCUUCAUUAAUAACUCACCAGAAAAUUCAUACAGGUGAAAAACCUUUCAAAUGCUCUGAGUGCGACAAGACGUUUGCUUAUUCAAGUCACUUCAAAGCCCAUGAGAGAGUUCAUACUGGAGAGAAACCUUAUCACUGUAGUGUCUGUGGGAAGAGUUUUAGUCUAAAGCAGAAUUUACUAAAUCACAAGAGAAUUCAUACAGGUGAAAAACCUUUCAAAUGCUCUCAGUGUGACAAAACGUUUGCUUAUUCAAGUCACUUCAAAUCCCAUCAGAGAGUUCAUACUGGAGAGAAACCUUAUCACUGUAGUCUCUGUGGAAAGAGUUUUAGUCACGGGUCUACAUUACUAACUCACCAGAAAAUUCAUACAGGUGAAAAACCUUUCAAAUGCUCUCAGUGCGACAAGACGUUUGCUUAUUCAAGUCACUUCAAAGCCCAUCAGAGAAUUCACACUGGAGAGAAACCUUAUCACUGUAGUGUCUGUGGGAAGAGCUUUAGACAACAGACUGCCUUAUUAAAUCAUAAGAAAAUUCAUACAGGUGAAAAACCUUUCAAAUGCUCUCAGUGCGACAAGAUGUUUGCUUAUUCAAGUUACUUCAAAGCCCAUCAGAGAGUUCAUACUGGAGAGAAACCUUAUCACUGUAAUGUCUGUGGGAAGAGUUUUAAUCUAAAGCAGAAUUUACUAAAUCAUAAGAGAAUUCAUACAGGUGAAAAACCUUUCAAAUGCUCUCAGUGCGACAAGACGUUUACUUGUUUAAGUAACUUACAUUCCCAUAAGAGAGUUCAUACAGGAAAAAAACCUUAACACUGUAAUGUUUGUUGGAAGAUUUAAUAAACAGUCUUCGUAAAGCACCAGUGACCUUAAGGUUAUGACACCAAAAACUUAACAUUUAAAAUAUUGUUAAAAAACAAGUUAAUAGUAAAAUAAGAACAAAUAACCAAAUUAUGAUCAAUAUCACAAGUAACCAGGCUUAAAAGUAAUGUAACUGAUAACUUUUGGAUUACUUAAAACAACAACUUUUAUUUAUUAAGAAUUUAACAGAAUUUUAUGUAAUGGAUUAUACAUACAUCUAGUGGCUACAAUGUGGUAUUACAGAUUAUUUUGUUUUAUUUUUAACUAACAUGUAGGCUACAAGGAAAUAAUAAAAACACAACAUGUAAAAAUUCUACACAAUCUACAUAUUAGUUUAAUAUAGGCCUACAUGUAGCCUGGGUGCCAGCCGAUCUUACCCCCACCCACAAGAUUUUGAAAACGGGAAUAUCGGUCUGGGGUUUCUGCGUUGAGGAGCUACUAUGCUUGGGCAAAAGCUGGUCGAACCAAUCAAAUUGUCAGGGCGGGCUUUAUACGAUGAUGGACAGAUAAUCAACAGUAACGUAAUGAACCACGUCACCAAAGAGCGCGUGUGUUAAAUGGCUGCCGCUGUAGAGUUCAGAUGUGUGGAUUCUGACAUUGAGUCUGUUCUAAAAGAUAUCGACAGAGCAUUGAUUUUAAAAGAGGAAGUUACAGAGAACCGCGAGCAGGCCAUUUGUUGAUGUUUUUGCCGUCCUUCCUAUUCGGCAAAAGUUGGUCGCAACUGAAAUGGCUAACGGUAUCACGGCGAUGCAACUCAGCGUGCACGACGAGAUGAAUAUAAUUAGCGGUUGUUGCCAGCUUCUUUUCGGAAGCCCGGAAUCGUGGUUGCUGAAUAAGUGGAGGGACAUGCUAGGCUCCAAUAUUUUCAAGCCAACGUAAUUGGUAUCGUCGUGGAUGAAGUUCAUCUAACGUACAAAUGGUAAGAGAUAGUCUUACUCUAUGACUUAGUAAAUACUUCAUGUUGUGAUAUAAACGAAAUGUUGUAAACAUAAUAGGGGUUGAUGUACAUUCGCUAACUCAGUAUAAUCACAAUGUUAGUGUCAUUGUAGCGAAAUAACUAGCAGUUUGGUCAGGCUGCAAAGACGUAAUUUCAACAUACGUCACACACUCCGUUGCUCUGAUUGGUCGUAGGUCUAUCCAAUUGAGUGCAGAGGCAUUUUUCGGUUGAGACACGCCUCAUAAUUAUAGCUCAAUGGAGCUAUAAAUUCUGACUAGAAUUGAGUAUGACAACGUCAGGCUAGCCUACAUGUUGACUAAAGCCGUGAUCUUUCUUUAAUUUGCCUGACUGAACUUGGACCGUUGGCAGUGGGAGUUCCCCUGCGUUACAUAGCAGCGAACAACGCGUUAAGUGAGAAGAGAUUAUGAAAGGAAAUUUAGGUACUAAAAAAAGUACUCUCCUAAUUUCUACAGAUUCCAGCAUCGCUACAAGACUUACAACUGCGAUCAUACAAACCACUGAAUUUUAAAGCAGUAAUAAACACUACAUACUAGCAGUGGCGGCGCCAGGGAGGAGCUAGGUGGUGCUGUAGCUCCGGCUAUAAUAUCCAUAGCACCCGCCCAGCACCCCCAAGAAAUGUCUGUAAUUUUUUAUAUUUAUAUUUUAAUGUCAUGUUUGAAUAGUGUUUUCAUGCUGUUAAAAAAGGGAGUUAAAUAAUAAUUUAAAAUAUAUAUUUAGCUAAAAUAUCAUGACGCCCAAACAUGUGAUCUUCUUUGGCCAAUGGGUGCAGCGCCCGGUGGAACAGCAGUGGACACACUAGGACCAGUAAUCUGGCACAUUUGGCUAUAAAUACGGAGAGAACGAGGACCCUUGCGUCAACAUCAUUGAUGAUGCUGUUUUGUUGUGAAGACGUCUAUGAUAAGUGCUUGAUUUUCCCCUCUGUUGGCUAUUACAAAUUGAAUUAAUUUGGUGUUUAAAGAACAAAUCUUGGCUCUGCAUUGUUACAUCUAUAGGGUGCCCAUACGUGUCAUUCUUCCCGGAUGCAUCCUGUCCAGGAUUUCGGUCAUAGAUUUCGAUGCGUCUUUCGGAAGUCGUAUUUGUUGACCAGCAUGGGAAUUAUUCUGGUCUAUGCUGGUUUAGCUGGUGGUCACCAGCAUACCAGCACCAAAGCACAACAUAUGCUGGUCUUGCUGGUACGCAGUUUUUUUCAGCAGGGUAAUGUAACUUAAAAUGCGGGCUGCAUGAUAAAUCGCAUGCGAUUGAUUUACGCUUUACUAUUAAUCUAUGGCGGGUUAUCUGUGUAUGGCGGAUAAAACGUGCAAAUAAUAAAUGUCAGAUCGACAGACGAACGGCUAAUCUAACGUUUGUCCGAACGUCUUCAACUUUUAGCACCUAGCAGCGUGUGUGACCCACGUGAUGACCUGCCAUGACGUCAACGCCUUAAAAUUGGUGGGGUUUUUCAUUAGCUAAGGUGCCAAGCUGUUAAAGAGUAUAUGCGUGUAUGUGUUCGGAAGCAAACAUACUGUUUAUAACUAUAUACAAGUGUUAAUUCAUGUUGUUUUUCAUACAACUAUUAUAAAUGUGUAAAUAAAGUAUCACAUUUAUCUCUUUUAUAAACACUUUUGUUACGUGUCAAAUUUGUUUAUUUUAUAUUGUGUGCUAUGUGAUUUUCCGAAUUUUUUUUAAAGUCUUAAUGUCACGUGACCAUAAUGUCAUUAAUUGUCCAUUAACUUUGCUUGUACACUGAGAAAGGAACUGUUCAGAUUAUUCAGUAAAUGUUUUGUUCAUUUUUACUAUGAUUAUGUCUUUUGACUUCUGCUAUAGGCCUAUUCUCUCGGCUGGUAAAUGAAAUUUUACAUAAUUAUUCAGUAUUUUGUCAUUCUUUUUAUUCUUUCUAGGAAAGUUAAAGGACCUAUUAUUGCAUUGAUAUCAUAUUGUCCAGAUGCACAGUGUGAUAUGUAAGCACCAUAGAAAUGAACUGCAAGAGCUUGUAGAGAGGAGUAAAGACUGCUGAGAGGAACAGCACUAUAUUUUGAAUAUACGUUGCAUACUUGACAAGCUUGUCACACUUUCACUGCACAGACACCAUAUAUUGUAUAACAGGUUUCUUUUUACUUUAUUAUUAUGACGAUCACAGUUGAAUGUAAUGUGGUAAUAAAAAAGGAAGUUAUUGUACAGGUAUCCAUACAGAUGAAAAUAAGGGCUUUAAACUUCAACGUUUCAUUUGCAUAUUAAAAAGAGGAUAAUUUAAAAUAAUUUCUUUAAUUCCUUUAAAAAAUAUUAUUUUAUCUUAGCGGAGAAAAGGAAACCGUAGAAUUCAUAAUCUUAAAACAGAAGUUAUAUGAUAUAAAUAGAAAAUAACAGCCUAGCAGGGAUGAUGCAAUAGAAACUGUUGUGCUACUGUGUUUGUAUACAGCCAUGUAUUUGUAGUAAAUCAAUCAGCUUUACUGUGUGUUAUUCUCUCAUAAGAGAGAAUAAUAAGGCAACCUCA